AAUUCAACUACAGCUAAUUAUUAGCUAUUUCUGAUGACUGCACAAUAUUAAAUUUGCUCUCUAGCAUCACUUCAAGAUUUGCCUAAAUUCGUAUCAUAUUGUUGUUUAGAUAUAAAACUUUAAUGUUUGACUCUUUAACAUGUUUAGCGUCGUUUGAUUGUUGAGUAAUGAAUCGUUAUGUGUCUAGUGUUGCUAUCGCUGUCGUGGUUGUUACCUCAUCGGCAUCGGUCGGAACUGAGCCGGCGUUACGUUCACGAUGGCGGUAUCAGUAGCUGCGUGCCUGUGGCUGGCGCUGGCGUGCGCGGCCUGCGUGCGCGCGGACAACUCGACGUUGGACACAUGCGAGUUGGACGCGGGGACGCCGGGGCCCUGGUCCGCGCUGCUCGAGGAGUGGACCCUCACCGCGCCCCCCUACAACGACAGGCAUGGUCGCAUCAUGGCGCUACCACCGACAAAAGGCUACUAUGUAUCUGAGCGUAUCGACGGACCCCUGAUGCCCCCACCGCCGCCUCCCCCGCCGCACGGCCCGCCCGAUGAACACAAGCCUCCGGGACAUCACGGACCGCCAGGUUCACCAGGACCCCACGGGGGCCCGCCCCCGGGCCCACCGAGACCACACGGUCUUCACAGUGUUUACGACGACUUGCCCCCCGACACCUACCCGCCUCGUGCGCCGGGAGGAGGCAUGCCCCCGCCACCCCCCGGCCCGCUGAGACCGCCCCCCGAUUACAACGAAUGGGAACCCAACGCGGCGGGUGGAAAGAUCGUCAACCGGCCGAAUCCAUACGACAGCUUCAGGCCCAGCUACGCGGUGCCGCCGCAGAACUACCGUCCGCAGCGGCCGGCGGCGGACCGUGUGGACGCGCCGCCGCGCAAGCAGGUCUCCGAGACCGACCUCUACCUGCUGGGAGCCAUCGAGAAGCUGGUCUAUCGCGUCGACCUCAUGGAGAAGCGUCUGCGCAGAAUGGAGGAGAAUGUGCACUAUUUGGUCGCCGGAGUCGAUGCCAAGCCAGAGCCAUGCGCGGCUAACUUCACGCGUGUGGGCGGCGCCUGCUAUCACUGGUCUGCGCAGGCGCUGGACUGGAAGGGUGCCAACCUGGCGUGCCGCAAACUGCGCGGCGCGCUACUCGAGCUCCCCGACCCUGUCACCAAGCGCCAGCUGCUCGCCGCCGUGCUCGCAGACAAACAUCUCAGAGGUGACGAUUUAUGGACUGGCAGCAGGAACCCGGGGCUGCUGUGGAUCUGGUCACACUCGGCGCGGCCGGUGGAGGGCAACAGCACCGGCGGCACCAACGGCACCAGCAUCGCGGGCGAGGGGCGGUGCCUGGCACUGGCGCACGACCCCGCGGGCGGCACCUACCUGUACCGCGGCCGCGACUGCGCGCUGCGGCAGCGCUACGUCUGCCAGAAGGAGGAGGACAAGGAGAAGCUCAGCAACGACAUCCAGCGCGCCGCGCGAGUGCUCAAGUCAAUGAACGAUAAAAAGGAUAUAAAAAUCUACUGGAAUAACAAUUAAGUCAAAAAGCGUCUGUGUCAUAUUUAUAGUAAAUUUGUAAACUUUUCACAGACGUGGAGAAAUAAACUGAAAUCCGCCUGCUUCAUGUGUAUUUAAAUUAAUAGAAAUCUGAUUUAUACCUUUUAUGAUCAAAUACUUCAGCAGCUAUUCCACUACCACCGCAGUAAAGUUCUUCGGAUCUAAUCUGACGGAUUCUUCAGAAUUAGAAGGUGCGCACUGCUUUGACUAAACUAUCGUACAACUGUUUACUCUUGCUUUGAUUCCUAUGAAUUUAUAUGGAGGUGCGCACUCUAUUACAUUUUUACUUGUGCAAUAAACAUUUGAGUUAGCUGCGAAACAAUCGACAAUCGCACAACCAACGUGCGAUUGUUUAGUCAAAGAGGUGCGCCCGCACUUAGAAGAGUUUAGAAUUCAUAGGAUGUUAAGUUUAUAUUGAGUGUGUAAAUUAUUUAAAAUUAUAGUGACGAUUAAAUUCGUCAGGAAGUAGUUGUAAAACGUGUACACUAAUAAAGACUGAAAUUUGAAAAUAAAAUGAAACCAGUGUUUUGUAAUAGCUUAUAAUUCUAUAAUAUUUACAAAGUUAGAUAAGAAUCACAACAAAAUAACUUAUUCGAAAUAAAUAUAUUUAUAGUUGUGUGCGAGGGGCGCGCGGCGCGCGGACGAGGACUCGCUUUCUAUUUGAAUUCGAAAUUUUGUACAACUAAAAUACGAUAAAUCGUAAUUUGAUUUUACUAAGUGUUGCAUUGGGAUGUAACAUGCGAGCACUUGCCGCGGCACACAGAUAGACCUCUACAAAUUUUAACGGCUUUGAGUUGGCACGUGGGGUAAAAGAAAUCUCUUCUUUUACAAGUGCCAACUUAAAUACCUAGUAUUUUUAGAUUUAUUUGUUAGAGUUCCAUCUUAUAUAACUUAAGUAAUGAACCCUUUAAGAACGAGGUCGAGGCGAUUUUUUCAUUUUAAGUUAAAUUUGAGACGGAUGUAAAAACCACAUCGGCCGCAUUCUAUUCGCAAAUAUACAAAUGUACAAACAGUCAGCUGCAUAAAAUGUAUACAUUUAAGAUACAAAAAAUUGUAUACAUUCGAUUUCAAAAAUAUACGUGUGUCCACUUCCGACAACAUACAUAAGGACAAGUGUAUACAUAUGGACAAGUGUAUACAUAUGGACAAGUGUAUACAUAUGGACAAGUGUAUACAUAUGGACAAGUGUAUACAUUUGGACAAGUGUAUACAUAUGGACAAGUGUAUACAUAAGGACAAGUGUAUACAUUUGGACAAGUGUACACAUAUGGACAAGUGUAUACAUAUGGACAAGUAUAUACAUAUGGACAAGUGUAUACAUAUGGACAAGUGUAUACAUUUGGACAAGUGAACACAUAUGGACAAGUGUAUACAUAUUUUUGAAACCGAGGGAUUUUACAAGUGUCAACUUUUUAUAUGUAUAGAUAUUUCCAGCUGAGUGUAGCGCGUUGUGCGCUGAGACUAGGCAACACUGAUCUAUGGAUUUUUAUAAUAAAUAAAUAAUUUGCAACUGUA